GCUGUAUUUUUAACUCCAAGACUGAACUUUGUACCGUUAUAUCCAUAAUUCGACGUUCAUGAGAGCAUUAAUUCCUAUUAUUAUUGAUACGCUGCCACUCCAAAAACAGAAUUCGAUAACCAGUUUUCACCUUCUCAUAGGGAACAGACGAGUUCAUUGUAUCUCAAAUCUAUUCGGCUAUUAGAGUAACCUAGAAAAAUAAUCUCAAGAAUUUUCCCAGAAUGAUUAAUACAGGAAAGCUUGCCGGUCGGACAGUCUUCAUAACCGGCGGUUCUAGAGGAAUUGGGAAAAGUAUUGCCUUAAAAGUCGCCAGGGAUGGAGCCAACGUUGUCAUCGCGGCUAAAACAGCUCAAGCUCAUCCAAAACUUCCUGGCACAAUUUACACUGCAGCAAAAGAAAUCGAAGCUGUUGGCGGUAAGGGCUUACCGUGCAUAGUGGAUGUGCGAAAUGAGGCUGAAGUCUCUACAGCCGUAGAGAAUGCUGUGAAACAAUUCGGUGGGAUUGAUAUAUUGAUCAACAAUGCCAGUGCCAUAUCACUUACAGAUACGCUGUCAACGGAAAUGAAAAAAUACGACCUCAUGAAUACCGUGAAUACCAGGGGGACUUUCCUCGUAUCAAAGCUGUGCAUUCCUCAUUUGAAGAACAGUUCAAAUCCUCAUAUCGUGAAUAUAAGCCCACCAUUAAACUUGAAUCCUUUUUGGUUCAAGAAUCAUGUUGCUUAUACUAUUGCUAAAUACGGAAUGUCUAUGUGUGUCCUCGGAAUGGCAGAAGAAUUCAAAGCAGACAAUAUCGCUGUCAAUGCUGUAUGGCCAAAAACAGCUAUUCAUACUGCGGCAAUAGAAAUGCUGAGUGGACCAGACAGCAAGAAUAUUAGCAGAAAACCAGAAAUAAUGGCUGAUGCCGUAUAUUCAUUAAUUUGUAAAGACAGUAAAAGUAUCACCGGUCAGUUUUUGACGGAUGAAGAUAUACUCCGCGGUGAAGGCAUCAAUAAUUUUAGCCAAUACGCUUGUAAUCCGGAUUGCAAGGAAACACUCAUGCCUGACUUUUUCUUGGAUUCGCACUCAGAAAAUACUGAGAUGUCAAACGUACAUACGUCGAAAAACUUUGGCGAGGGUCAAGUGGCUCAGAUAUUUUCGGCAAUAAACAACAAUUUGACUCCAGAACUGGUGAAAAUGACAUCAGCAAUUUUUCAAUUCAAUGUCAAAGAAAGCUUAAAACCAUAAAGAUCCCCUGUCGGAAAAAAAAUUGCUACAGGUACAACGAUGAUCGGCGGUUUCCUCAUUAUAUUACAAAAAUAAAUAAAAAUUCUCUUUAAAAAAAUCAUACCCCUAUUUUUUUUAAUUUUAACACAAAAAUUUAAAAAAAAAUAAAAGAUCAAGAAAAACAAUGUAUGGAAGAAAUAAAAGAAGCUCGCUUGAAAACAUGGUACCUACUGAAAUGGUUUUGCGCAUACAUCAGUAUCCACUAGGUAGAGAGAAAGAGAAAGUAUGGUCAUUAUUAAUGCGAAGAGCCGUAAGGUACUUUUGGCGCUGAUGAGCGAUAAUAAUGCUAUAAUACGUUAGUAGAAAUCGUGCGUUCAAACAGAAAAGAUAGUUUUGUACAUUCUAUGACACUUUUGAAAACUAAACGCUAAUCUUAACCUA